AUGCUAAAUUGGAUCAUACUGUGCGAAAUUACAAUUAUGCCCGUCACAAAUCAGAUGAGAAAAGUUGGAAUUAUAUCGACGACCGCAACAAUAGCAGCUAUUAGUUUAGCUUAUGCCUUUUAUCUAUUCUAUUAUCGUCGAUCACGUUCUCAAUCCAUCAACAGAAAGAAUUUACAACAUCAAAAUCGUGUAUCGUCAGAAUAUGAGAGACCUGAAUCUCAAGAUGUAUGGGAAAAUGCGGAUGAUACAUUAACAAAAGAGCUUAUUCAUACACCCGAACAGUUAUAUAAACAUGGUCUGGAACAUUUAAAUAUUGCAAUUGAUUAUUGGAAUCGUGCAUUAAACUAUAUCGAUAAUAUAGCACCGUCUAUAAAAAAUCAACCAGAUUUGCUGUUACAAACUGAUAAGGAAAUUACUAAUCUUAAUACAAAUUUUUUAUUGACAUCAUUAAAUAAAACUAAUCAUUUUGAAUUAAAGCAAAAACUUCAAUUUUUAUUAUCUAAAGUCGAUGUUUCGUCGGAUGGUCCUGAUUUAUUAUUUUUAGCAACUGACAAACGAACCAAAUCACCGCCAUUAUUAUCGCCCACAACGUCAUCACCGACAUUGAAUCGUCAAGAAUCUAUUCGACAACAACAGCAAACCGCAUUAAAUGUUCAAAAUGAUCUUAAUACAUUCAACGAGAGACGUUCUCUAUGUUCAAUACGUUCGAUAGAUAGUUUUGAAAGUUGUGCAGAUGACGCUGAAUGGUUGGAAACGAGUGAUAUAUUAUUCGAUCCAUCAUCGCCGUAUUAUUCUAUGCCAGCUUAUUACGUUUAUGGCCUACGUUUAGCCGAAAAAAAUCAAGUACCAUACAAAAAAUUACGAACGAAAUUACUGACUUGUUCAUCAGAUACAGAUUAUUUAGCCAAACUUUUUUGUAUUCGAAACGCGUGCGAUGAAGUCCUUAGUGGAGAUGAAAAACGGGAGUAUAUAAAGACAAUAGCACGUGCUAUUUGUGAAAAAUUUUUAGAAAAAUCAUCGAAAGAUUCGACUCGAUUUCUACAGGCAUUUGAGCAAAUGAACGCUCUUAUGGCUGAUCCAUCAAAUACAUCUAUGAUUAUGGAAGAAAUGGCCUCAGCGGGGAUCAAGUCAGCUACAGUUUAUAAUGUUGGUAUUGAUUUUAUGUUACUUGAAGGCUUUGAAAUACUCGAUUCACCGCCAUCGGCAAUGAAGACAAUAUUACAAAAUAAAUGGUUCUCUGAGAAUUUUCGUGAACAGGCAUUAAACAAAGCUGUUUCCUAUGCAUUACGUGUUAGACGAGCAACUGUAAAGUACAAUAACGGAUUUUUAACGACAUUUUUGUCACUGAUUGAAGAUAUGUCACCUGUCUUUGCCUGGGGUAUUCUUGGUCCACCAUCGAAAGUCAAACCAAUGUGUACAUUUAUAAAAGAUUCUGUCCUCGAUUUUGCUCGUUCAUUAUACGAUUUGAAGCGCACUGAUUACUCGUCGUUACAAACACUCGUACAAUCAAUAGAUAAACAAUUACAAGAUUUAUUGACACGUCUCGUUCUUGAAAUGGGCGUUAAUCAAAAUUUAUUAAUACAACCGAUUCAAAAUGAAGCAACGAAUGGUGUCAACUUUAUUUAA